CUCGCCCAUAUUACUAGUACUCGUCAGUAUCACAGCGCUCGCGUACACUACUCAUAAGAGCUGAGAGAAUUUUCCUGCUGUGUUUCUUUCUCUAAUAUCGUGUGACACGCAACAUUCCAUUAUGUCAUCUCACUUUAGCGCAAACCAGUAUAAGCAAGCCUUUGACAGCAGACGACUUCAGAACUCUCAAAUCCCUCAAACAUAUAAAGAGAGACCAUCAUCGUACGAGGGCUUCACCCAGAUCAUAGCCAAUGACCGUGGUCACCUGAAGCAGGGCGUCCCUCGGUCUAAGGAUUCCCCCUGGGGUGGGUUCGUAGGUACCUGGGAAAUGCCCAAGAAGAUUCCAGGUAAUGUCACUACUUACAUGUCGAGAGGUGAUCCAGCUAUAGAUAACAUCCAGAAGACAAGAGCAGAGCACAAUGAAUACAUGAGACAGGCUGUAUCACCAGAUAAGACUCUAGCUAUGGAACCCAAGCCACAAGUCACAAAGGUUGCAGAGGAAGAUAGGCCUGGCAACCCAAGCCCUAAUGAUGCCAUACCUGCAUAAAUCUCUAGUGCUUCUAUCAUCAAAUAGAAAGUGAAAGUUCUACUUCCCCUUCUUUUAUAUCAUUAUUUAAAUAUGCAAAUCAUGCCAAAUGUCUGCUAACCUGUUAUCACAGGUCAUACAUGUAUGCAUACAAGUGCCUGUGUAUGUUAUCAACACUAAAUUAUUUUAAAUACCUGGAAUUAGUGUAAUGCAAGAAUGGAUCUAAACAAAAUGUAUUCACUGGUGUACUAUAAAUUGAACUCUGUAUCGUUUUAUGGCCCAUGUUAUCACUGAAUCAGAUCUUAUCUACACAAUAUAUGAGCAGUGAUUCUAUUUGAAAUGUUAACUUAUAUAUCAGUGAAUUGUCCUACUUCAUUUACAGUACAAGGGUCUGUAGAUAACUCAAAUAGAAAAAUGCUCUCUAUGAAUAUUUAUUUUCUCUCAGUUGAUUCCUUUGAGUGAACAGUCUUGCUUCCCUUUCUACAUAUUCAACAUAUUCAUUCAUUGAAAUAGAGAUACGCUACAGUGUGUAUGGGAUUUCCUCCUGCUCGAGGAAUACAGAAAAGAUGUAAACAGUUUUAAACUGUAAACGACCUGUAUUUACAGUGUAUGACUUAUUGAACUUAAAUUGUCAAUGAAAUAUCAUUACUUUAAAAGACAAAUUUGUUGCUUGUAUAUAUAUUGUGCUUUCAUAUUUUGCGGAUAUUUAGUUUGAUUUUUAGAUGUUGUAAAUUGUGAAUCAUGUGAAUAAAUUAAGUUGAAAUCUGAAA